AUGGUUGAGAACGUCUACAGAUGGGCGUGUGGCUGGCCUACUGUAUUGCUUGACAGGAACAAGGACAGUGACGAGGGAGAUGUUCACGACAGGGAUUAUGAUGUUGCAGCUCUUGCAGAUAAUUUAAGCCAAGCAUUCAGAUAUACUAUAUAUGAGAAUGAUGAUGUAGAGGUGCAAAUAAUCCAGCAAAUAAAUCAUGAUGGGGAGCUUAAUUGGGCUCGUUACAUCCCCCCAGAACCCAUUCAUUAUUGCCACCAAGACAGAAUAAGACUCUUGAUGCAAUGCAAAUUUUUUAGGUUGAGGGACCAAAAUCUCCUGAAGAAAUGCUCACCAUACUGCAGAGAGUGCUUGAAGAAACUGAAGGAGAAUCCUGGAUGCAGUUGGGUUUCGAUUCAAGACUAA